AAUACUUAAGUCUGAGCUUGGCGGUUUCGCAUUCAGUGUGGAAUGCACAGAGCAGUUGUGAUCAUUGAUUGUACAAUAUAUUAAAAUAUAUUAUAACUAGGGUAUAAAUAUUAGCUCGUAAUGUUUCGAAUAUUGGCGCUCGUUGUGGCAUUGACCUGCGCCUGCGCACAUAAGGAUCACCAUCAUGGAACCACUGAAGCGUGUGAAGCCAGCGAGCCGGUGACGGUGACUCCAUCAGGCCGUAUUCGAGGAUCAUGGCUUCAGACGCGGCGCGGGCGGCGCGUGCAGGCCUACCGCGGCGUGCGGUAUGCGGCCCCGCCCACCGGGGAGCUGCGGUUCCAGCCUCCCAAGCCAAUCUUGCAGUACCAAUCGGAGGUGGACGCACGAACAGAGGGCCCCGCCUGUCCUCAGCCUGUCAUAGACCCGGACUACUUCCUGGAUGAAGACUGUCUGCGGAUCAAUAUAUACACGCCAGAGAAGAAGCCUUCUAAGCCGCUGCCUGUAGUGAUGUACAUUCACUCUGGCGGGUUCUACUCGGCGUCGGGUCGCAGCGAUUUGGCCGGUCCCGACUACCUGCUAGACAAGGACAUCGUGCUCGUCACCAUCAACUACCGGCUUGCUUCACUCGGUUUCCUAAGCACGGGCGAUAAGUACGCCCCCGGUAACAACGGCUUCAAGGAUCAAGUGGUGGCCCUCGAGUGGGUGCGGCGCAACAUCGCGCCGUUCGGCGGCGACCCCGACCUCGUCACCAUCAGCGGGUGCAGCGCUGGCUCAUUCAGCGUCUUGCUGCAUAUGGUCUCACCCAUGUCCAAAGGUUUGUUCCACCGCGCGAUGUCCAUCAGCGGGUCACCCAUCUCGCAGGUGGCCGUCCGCCCUCACCAGAAGGAGCUGGCGAUUAAACAGGCUCAAUUACUGAACUGUCCCGUGGACAGCUCUGAAGCCAUCGUGUCCUGCCUCAAGACUAAACCUUGGAGGGAUAUCGCCAAUUCGCUCGACAAAAUGUUUACGUUCGGCUACGACCCGAUACUUCUGUGGGCACCCAUAGUGGAGCCCGACGUGGGCCAGGAGAGGUUCCUUGUGGAGAAUCCGCUGGAAUCCGUACAGAAUGGCAGGAUGCACCCGGUGCCGUACAUCAUCAGUCAAACUACCAGGGAAUUCUUCUGGAAGGCUUUCUCUAUCCUGAAGAACGAGAACUACACAAACACAAUGAACGCUGAAUGGGAGAGAAUAGCCCCUGUGUCCUUCUUACUGCCUCCGGAGAGAUCAAAGGAAGCAGCCGACCGACUGAAGCAAGCUUACUUGGAUGGGAAACCGUUAAGAAAUGACUCGGUUACUGCUGAUGGAUUGGGGAAGUUGUAUGGAGACUCGGUCACAGCAUUCGGAGUUCACAGAUUAGCAAACUUGAUGUGCCGCCAUUCUCCUCACAAGGUGUUCUACUAUGAGUUCGCGUACGUCGGCAACCGCAGCCACUACCAAAGUCCCGUCACUGGGAAGCCAGUGGGCGCUGCACAUCACGACGACCUGAUCUACCUGUUCGGUCUGCCGGUCAGCUUCCCCAUCAUACCCGCGGAUGACUCGCGCGACUCCAGCAUCGUAGACUUAAUGACGGAGAUCGUGUACAACUUCGCUAAGAAAGGGGACCCCAACCCCCUGUCGAUGGGUCCCUCAUGGCCCGCGAUGACGCCACAGCAUCGACAGUUCCUGAGAGUAUCGUCACCGCCCACUGUUCAACAGAAUAUGUUCGAGGACCGCUUCCGAGUGUGGGACGAGAUAUACCCGAUCAAAUACUGACAUCAGAGAUCUCAAUAGACCACUGAAGAGAUUAAGAAGUGUUAAUUCUAAGUUGGAGCAUAAAAAUUACUAAAGUUGAUAAUAAUCCAGUGUAAAGUGCGAUUCAACUAAGAAUAGGACCGACUGGGCGCCAUAUUGUGAUGUCAUAGCUGUCAAUUCAAACCAAAUAGAUAGAGUGAGCAAAAAAAAGUUUUUU